AUGGAUGAAUUCCUAGAUAUGAAUAGUUUGGAUAGUUUAAGAGCAAUGCAUGAAAGCGAUGAGCAAUGGAAAUUACGACGAAUGUUUCUUGAACGACACAUGGAUAAUUAUCCUAAAAAUCGUUUACUCUGUCUUGCGCAAAUUUUUUGUAAUAUGAUCUCAUUGGGUUGUACGUAUAACCCAGAAUUGAUGAAGACAGUCAGGGAAAUGGGUGCAGGAUUAUGUGAAAUGUCUAAGGGUUAUAAAAGAACUUUUGAGGAGAACUCUAUCGAAGCACCUGUUUCGAAGAAAGAAAGAUUAGAAUCAAGAAGAGUUAGUACUAUCAGUGAAGAUUCGCCAUGCGCUUUGAAAAGAAAAAGUUUUAUGAUAAUGAGAGCACAAUUAACUGUCCUUGAAAAAGCAACUGAACCACUUGUUUCACUCAAUCAAUUAACAUCACGACUUAAGUAUAAAUGGGAGCUGAAAAGUACAGAAAAUGGCAAAUCAUUACUUCUUGUAAACGAUGUUACUGUUUUGGAAGGGAUUUUACCACCAUGGAAUGAUAAUGAUGCAAAAAAUUUUGCUGCUGCAGCUGCUUUAGCAUCAUUAUCAAAGGAAGAUCGAGAAGUACGCGCAAAAGGUGGAAAAUUUGAAUUGUGUAAAGGUGAUGAUAGUGGCCCAUGUGAUUUUUAUACCUCCUAUCUUAUGGAUCAAUUGAAAUUGGCUGUUAAAGUAAUGCCUAGCAAUGGAACAUCAUUUGAUAAAUUAGAAAGUGGUCUUCGUGUGGUACGAAUGCCAUUACGAUAUGUUGCCGAACGUGGAACCGGAUGGGAACAAAAAAUAUCAAUAAAUGCACUAAAUGUUCAACUAGCGAAUGCUGUUUUACGAAAAGGUGAAUGUAAUAAAAGUCGAGAAAAAGAACGAAAAGAAGAUCUGGCCACUUUAGUAAUUCAAAAACUCAGUAAUUCAGAUUUUGAACUUAUUCCGAGCAACAAUGGAUAUAUACUUCGCUAG